CCCACAACUUUAUCUGACAGCUAGGCAUUUUCCACCAUAAUUUACUAGCAAGCAUUCUGAGUAUAUCUAAUUAAGACAUAGAAGAAAUCCCCAAAUGAGAAUAAGAAGUCCCUCUCCGCAACGCCAUCGGGCAGUCGGUCCCUCGUCCGCCGCUGGGACAGGAGGAAGGGAGGAGGACAUUGCUUAUUUGGAUUGCAGUCACUGAUGGAAAAUUAGACUUGGCCCAGCAGCCUACUCAACACACACCAUAGUUCAAGACAAACCUACCUAAGAAUUAAAAUGCAGAGAAGAACUUUUGAAACUAUGAUGCUCAGCAAAAAUAUCCUACUUAGGAGUCUUGCUUGGCAAAGAUAUCAAGCUAUAAGAACACUUUACUAUUCACGCAGUGUGAUGCAGAACCACUAUGAACUUCUUGGCAUAAAAAGAGACAGUAGCCCAGAAGAAAUAAGGGAGUCAUUCAUUCGUCUGUCAAAGGAGUAUCAUCCAGAUACAAACCCAGAUUCUACUGAACUCCACACAAAAUUUGUUGCUGUGAAUGAAGCUUACUCCAUUCUCAGUAAGCCUCACUUACGCCAGGUUUAUGAUGCAGAGUUGGCUAACAAAGAAAGACAAAACAUGUACAAUUAUGGUGGUAUCAAAACUAAUGCACCACAAGAAAGAGUGAUAUUCCAUGAUGAUUCCCUCUGGGAGAUGCGUGAUCGGAGUGAAGAUAAGAAGUAUGAGCAUCACCCAUAUUAUGGCAUUCGAGGUGUGAAGAAGCUUCCGAAUUCCUACAUUGCUGCUGGAGCUGUGGUGUUCAUGAUCGUUGGUGCUAUCUUUCACUUCUUUCUUGCCAAAAAAUCCUCCGACUUUGCUAUUGAACAACUGAAUCGCCGAGACCAGAUAGCCAGCAGAAACCACAUGCUGGCAAGGGAACAGGCUAAGCUCAAUGGCAAUGAACUCCAGUUAACUCUCCUACGGCAGAGAAUAGAAAAUGCAAACAAUAAUAAAGGAGAUGUCAAGCAAGGAAGUUAGGAAAUUGAUGGUUUUAUUGCUGUAUGCUAUAACAUGCAUGUAGAUUUGUAUAUUAAUUUUUUAGUCAACAUUG